AUGUUUAUGGUAUCAAUUUGGAAUGACACUCUUAUGGACAUUGAAGUGUAUAAUGAGUAAUUGGAUUUGAAUACUUUUUUUCCUGCUUAGAUGCAUGAGUUGUAUGUGCAAUCAUCAAUUGUUAAUGGAACAGCCAUGAUUAGACCAGAGGAAAAAGGAAGUAAAACUGAAGUAGCCAUGAUUCUAUUUGCUGAGAAAUGUGGGAUCAUCUAUGAAAAGGAAAGAGAACAUCAUGUUGCCAAUGUUAAAAUACCUUUUUCAAGCAAAAGAAAAAGAAUGGCUAUGAUCAUUGGAAAAAGGUUAGUUAUAAAGGGUGCUAGUGAAAUCAUUUUAGAGGGUUGCAAUAAGUUACAUUCCAAAAGUAGAGGAAUCAUUUCAAUCGAUUCUAAUGUCAGAUAAAGUAUAGAAAAAGCUAUAGAAACUAUGGCAUCAUAGUCACUUAGAACUAUAGGAUUAGCAUAUAGAGAAUUAAAUGGAUCUGAAGAUCUGACUAGUAAAAAUGAUAAAGGGGUUUAUGAUGUUGAAACUGAGAAUUUGACUUUAAUUGCUAUCGUAGGAAUCAAGGAUAUUUUAAGACCUGAAGUCCCUGGAGCUGUUGCUAAUUGUAAAACUGCAGGUAUCAAAGUUAGAAUGGUAACUGGCGAUAAUAAGAUCACUGCCAGAGCUAUAGCCAAAGAAUGUGGAAUUUUAAUUGAUGAGGAACGAUCCUUAGUAUUAGAAGGUCCUGACUUUGUUAAUAGAAUUGGAGGUGUAGUUUGCAAAUGGUGCAAGACAGCUACUUGUGAUUGUCCAAGAGAUUAAUCUACUGCCAAACAAUUAGGCAAACCAGUAAGAGUAGAUACGAUUAAAAAUGGUGAAGAAUUUGAUAAAAUCUAUCCUCUUUUAGAUGUUUUAGCGAGAAGUAGACCUGAAGAUAAAUACGCACUUGUGACAGGACUUCUAGAAAGAGGACAUGUUGUAGCAGUGACAGGGGAUGGUACUAAUGAUGCUCCUGCUCUAAAGAAGGCUGACGUAGGAUUUGCUAUGGGUAUUGCAGGCACAGAAGUUGCUAGAGAGAGUGCUUCCAUAAUCUUAUUAGAUGACAAUUUUAGUUCAAUAGUCAAGGCAGUGAUGUGGGGAAGGAACAUCUAUGAUUCGAUAAAGAAGUUCUUGCAAUUCUAAUUGACAGUCAAUGUUGUGGCUGUCACAUUGACUUUGAUAUCUUCAGUAUUACUUAAGUAAGAAGUUCUGGAACCAAUCCAAAUGCUUUGGAUCAAUUUGAUUAUGGACACCUUUGCCUCUUUGGCUUUGGCUACAGAAACACCAACACCAGAAUUGUUGUAGAGAAAACCUCAUAAUAGAAACGAGUAUAUGAUUUCAUCAAAGAUGUUCAAACACAUUAUAGGAUAAGCCAUUUAUUAGAUGAUUAUAAUGCUGGUGUUGUUGUUUUCUGCUCAAAGCUUCAUUCCUGAAUACAAGGGAUCGGAAGAUAGCUAUGCAGAUUUUGAAGGAAACUUGGAAUACAAGUAUUCCAAUACAUAUUAUGAUGAAACAAUUAAGAUUCAUUUAUGUCCUAAUCACUAAGACUACUGCAACUUAGUGUCCUUUAGCACCGAUUAUUUUGUGGAUGGUUCAGAGAACUACGAAACAUUCUAUAAAAAGAGUUAUAUCCCUUCAAGACAAUUUACGGUGAUAUUCAAUACCUUUGUGAUGAUGCAGCUGUUCAACUUUAUAAAUGCAAGGAGGAUAAAAGAUGAACCUAAUAUCUUCCAAGGCAUUUUCACAAACAUCCUAUUUCCUAUUAUAGUCAUAGGGAUUCUGGCUCUGUAAAUAAUUAUAGUUACAUUUGGUGGAAUCGUCUUCCACUGUUACACAUUUUAUGGAUUACGGAUUCAAUAAUGGCUGAUUUGCAUAGCUUUUGGCUCAGGAAGUUUGAUUAUGAGAGUGAUACUAAGACUAAUUCCAGACCCAAAACUCUCCUUUCUGAAUAAAUUAGGACAUAGGCAUGAUGAGGCUUAAAAGUUAGCAUCCCCAAAUGCACAGAAUAACACUGGUUACUAAAUUUAAGUAAUUCCUUAAGAGUCUGAGUUGGCCAAUUUGAAUGAGCACCCCUAAGAAUCUAGAAUGAUGUGA